GCCAAGUUACAAUUACUAUUUCUCAAGAUUUUGCCCUUGCUAAAAUAGAGAUAUAUUAUUACCUUCAUCCAACUUGUUUAGAUAAUUCAAUUUCUUUAGAGAUAAAACAAUAUAUUCUUAAAAAUAUUGAUUUAUUUCCUCGUGAAAUAUAUAAACAUCUU